AUGAGUAAUCUAAAACUUGGCGUUGAAGUCAUAAGCGCGAGGCUCAAACCUAGAGAGGAUAGUACUCACGGGGAUGGCUAUGGCGGUGUGAACGCCUUCGUGGAGCUACGAUUCGACGAGGAGAAAGUCAAAACCUCGAAUAAGUAUGACGAUUCGAGUCCAGUUUGGAACGAGAAGUUCUUCUUCAACAUAUCUGAUACAGAGAAUUUAUCGAAUCUGGUCCUUGAGGCGUACGUUUACAAUAAAACCAGCAACAUAACGAAAUCGUGUCUAGGUAAGAUUCGAAUCUUCGGAACUGCAUUUGUGCCCUACUCUGAAGCUGUCGGAUUGAAUUACCCUCUUGAGAAAGAGAAAUGGAGCGUCUUCUCUUUCGCAGCCGCCAUUACAGGUGAGCUCGCUCUGAAGGUGUUUGUAACCGAUAACCCCUCUCACAAGGUAUCUGAUGGGAUCCUGACAAAGAAGAUUACUUCUGACACACGGCAAAAACUCCACAACAUCCACACAACGAAGAAGAGUAAACCUAGCCUACGAAGAAACCAGCAGCCAACUCAACCGCAACCGCAACCGCUUCAACCGAACUUGCCUCAGCCGCAACCGCCUCAACCGCAAAUACCUCAGCCCCCGCCGGUUAUGGAAGCUCCUCGAUUUCAAGCGGGAAGGUUUGGUCCGAAUUCACCUGAUUAUUCAAUCAAAGAGACGAAUCCGAUUCUCGGAGGAGGCAAACGAGCGAGAACCAGCACCGCUCAUGAUCUCGUCGAGCCAAUGGAAUUUCUCUUCGUAAAAAUCGUGAAAGCUCGUGAUCUUCCAAACAUGGACCCAACCGGAAGUCUAGACCCGUACGUCCACGUCAAAGUCGGAAACUUUACGGCUAAAACGAAACAUUUCGAGAAGAAUAAAAACCCGAUUUGGAACGAAGUCUUCGCUUUCUCCAAAUCCGAUCAACAAUCAAACUUUCUCGAAGUUAUCGUGAUGGACAAAGAUAUGAUCAAAGACGAUUGCGUCGGUUUAAUCCGGUUCGAUCUCAAUGAGAUACCGACACGUGUCGCGCCCGACAGUCCUUUAGCUCCAGAAUGGUACAGAGUCAACGUCGAGAAAGGAGGCGAGAUUAUGUUGUCUGUUUGGUUCGGUACUCAAGCCGACGAAGCGUUCUCAGACGCGACAUACUCAGACGCUUUAAACGCUGUUAACAAAUCGAGUGUGCGUUCCAAAAUCUAUCAUUCUCCGAGACUAUGGUACCUCCGUGUUAACGUCAUCGAGGCACAAGACUUGGUUAUUGUACCAGACCGGACUCGGUUUCCGAAUCCAUAUGUCAAAAUCCAGUUAAGUAACCAAAUGGUUCGAACCAAACCGAGCCAAUCGCUGAAUCCGAGAUGGAACGAAGAGUUUACGCUUGUCGCAGCUGAACCGUUUGAAGAUCUGGUAAUCUCGAUCGAAGACCGGGUCGCGGUUAACCGAGAGGAAACUCUGGGAACGGUUAAGAUACCGAUCGAUACAAUCGAUAGACGGGUUGAUGAUAACCGAACAGUGCCUAACCGUUGGUUUAGUCUUGCGUUUGAGAACCAGAGGAGAGUCAGAUUCGCGACGACGAGGCUUCUUCUGAAUGUUUGUUUAGAAGGAGGCUAUCACGUUCUUGAUGAAUCUACUUACUACAGCAGCGAUUUCAGACCGUCGAUGAAAGAGCUGUGGAAUCGUCAGCAACCGUCGAUUGGUGUUCUUGAAUUAGGGAUUUUAGGAGUUGAAGGGUUGAAUCUGAGCCAAGAUGGUAAGAAAGAGACCAUGGAUGCUUACUGUGUGGCUAAGUAUGGAACCAAAUGGGUCAGGACUCGGACCGUUACGAACUGUUUAAACCCACGGUUCAACGAGCAGUACACAUGGGAGGUUUAUGAGCCAGCGACUGUGAUCACAAUCGGCGUUUUUGAUAACAAUCAGAUCAAUGGUGUUAACGGUGAGAACAGAGACGGCAAGAUUGGGAAAGUCAGAGUUAGAAUCUCGACUCUAGAAUCCGGAAGAAUCUACACUAAUUCGUAUCCUCUUCUCGUUCUAAGACCUUCAGGUGUAAAGAAAAUGGGUGAGUUACAUUUGGCGAUUCGGUUUUCUUGCACGUCCAUGUUUCAGAUGUUGGUUCAGUACUGGAAACCGCUUUUACCGAAAAUGCAUUACGCGAGACCGUUGAAAGUCGUGCAGCAGGAGAUUCUCCGGCAACACGCGGUUAACUUAGUGGCGGUUCGGUUAAGCAGAGCCGAGCCGCCGCUGAGGAAAGAAGUGAUAGAAUACAUUUCGGAUUCAUCAUCGCAUUUCUGGAGCAUGAGGAAAAGCCGAGCGAAUCUCUUCAGGUUGAGAUCGGUUUUCUCCGGUUUACUUGGUACUGGAGAAUGGUUUCAAGAUAUCUGUAGGUGGAAGAAACCGGUAGCGUCUACAGCUGUUCAUGUAUUCUACUUGGCGUUUGUGUGUUUGCCGGAGAUGAUUCUUCCGGUGAUGUCUCUUUGCUUGUUCAUGCUUGGGGUUUGGAACUACAGAUUGCGCCCUAGACAACCUCCACACAUGGACACAAGACUUUCAUUUGCAGACAAUAUUCAUCCUGAAGAGCUUAACGAAGAGUUCGAUACAUUUCCUUUUUCAUCUCAAGAUCCGGGAAUUGUAAAAUUGCGGUACGAGCGGUUGAGGAGUAUUGCGAGUAGAGCUCAAACGGUUGUGGGAGAUAUAGCGGGUCAAGGAGAGAGAGUUCAGGCUCUGUUAAGCUGGAGAGAUCCAAGAGCUACUUCGAUCUUCAUGGUGCUUUGUUUGGUUUCUUCUGUGGUUUUGUAUGUUGUGCCGUUUAAGGUUUUCGUUCUUGUCGCAGGAUUAUACGUCAUGAGACAUCCAAGAUUCAGGCGAAAGACACCUCCUGGUCCGGUUAACUUCUUUAGAAGACUUCCUGCAAAAACAGAUUGUAUGUUGUAG